GGGGCUGGAUACACACAGUGACUGGACACUGGGAGCGUGUUGACGUUGGGCUUGGCGCUGCACAAAAUCGAUAGGUUGACCAGGAGUGUGUGUGGAACCAUGCAAAUACAGCGAAGUUCAUCCGACGGCUGCUAGCGAGAUCAGUAAAUCGAGUACGGCCACUAAACCCAUAAAUGCGGCAAAGUGGCGUCCUGUUUUUACACUUGCAUGGGUCUGAUGCGGACAGUUGGCGGCGUGGGUGGCGGUGGCAGCGAUGCCCAAUUGCCAGAGGAGGCGGUGACCACCCUCAAUCAUUGCCCGACCUACCGGCAGAUUCCAGGUGCCGGAACGGGCGCAGGAUCAGCACCAGCCAAGCGAGUACCCGUCCUGUUUUCCACCAACCGUGGACUCUAUCUGCGCCUGGCCCAACCACUGGCGGAUCAGAUGGAGGUGCUGACACUGCAGCCACGCGGUCAGAACUACAACAUCAGCUUCUGCGACCUGGAGCGCUGGAGCACCAAUCGGGCCAAUGUGGUCAGCCUGGAGGACACCUUUACCAUCAUGCAGCAGCGCAAUAUGUCGCCGGAGUCUGUGAACUACCAGCCACGCCUGUGGAAGAACAACGUCAGCUACAGCCUGAUGCACUGAACUGAAAGCACCUCAAGAUAUAGAUUAUGUCUAAACACUGCAAUAGCAGAGAAGUCUCGUAUGUAAAUUACAACUCUUUUUACUUUAAUUAA